UGGGUGACGGACUGUCAUUUCAGUAUCCGUUAUCCGGUCGGCGCUAGCGCAUAGUGUUUUAUCAUGUUCUAAUUUUUGCAUUUACAGCUAUUUUGUUUUAAAUUAAAAGGAAUAAAUAAAUUUCAAUGCAAUGAUUUUGAUAAUCACAAUAUUAACACUUAUAUCUUGUGGACCCUUUGUUGGACCAUCCUCCGUGCCUAGGGGAGAAUAUGGGGAAAUUAAAUUAUUCCAGUCGCCGGCAACUUACAGCGUGGAAAGUAUGGUCCUGUUGAAUGACGCUGGCAAACAGGAUAAGGAGAUUGGAUAUAAAAUCGCCGGCAGUUUGGACGUUCAGGUCGUAUGGGGAGUUGACUCAGACCUCCUUAUAAAAUUCACUUUAAACUCACCAAAAUUACUUGCAAGAGGAAAAUUAGUGACUGCAGAUUAUUUGCCCAUUAAGUCAAUAUGGGAUCCUUAUUAUAAGACUGAAUUCUAUGCUCAUUGGAGAAAUGGUAUCAUUACUGAAGCAUACUUAAAUCCUGACGAAGUGUCUGAUGUUUUGAAUUAUAAAAAGUCUCUUAUAAGCCUUUUUCAGCUUCAAAUUAUUGAUGGAGAACACAAUGAAACUGAUGUUUCGGGGAAUUGUGAUGUCCUCUAUGAUUCUAUUUCCAUGCAAGUUAUCAGAAAAAUUAAGUCACACUGUAAACAUCCAGAUACAAAAGAUUCAACCGAAGGCAUUAAAUCACGUCGUCUCACAAGAUACACACUAAACGAGAAACUAGAUGCAAUAGACGAAAUACAUGCUGAGGAAUUACAUACAGCUGGCUAUGAAGAGUUAAACGCUGCUAUCAAAGCUCGUGCUUGGAUGCGUUUACGUCGAGACGGUGUGCCUAGGACCACAGCAACUAAGUACAAUGAUCUUGAAAGUGCGUUAGCAGAGCUACCUUCAGAUCUUAAACCAGUAGCAUUGCCUAUGCUCAUGAUUGAGGAUAUUGAUGAUGAUGAUGUGGAUUUAGAAGAAGCUGUCAAUGCGGUUGUGGGGGAGGGUGAGGACGAGGCGGCGGGCGGGGGCGGCACCGCGGGCGCAGCGCUGGCGGGCCUGCGGGCUCUGCGCGCGCUGCGCAACGCCUCCCGGGAUCAGAUAGCCGCGUUACUGCGCGCACAGACUGAUGCCACAUCAUUGACAGCGCUGUGCCGCGUGCUGGGCGCGGCGGGCGCUGCGGCGGCGCACGCGGCGGUGUCGCGCGAGCUGCCGCUGGCGGAGCGCGACGCGCCGCCCUCCGUUAUUGAAUAUCUCAACGCGUUGGCAUUAGCACACGCACCUGAUGAUUCUGUAGUGUUGGACGUGUUACGGCUGGGUGCGGAGGCGCGGGCGGGCGCCGUGCGCGAGGCGGCGCUGCUGGCGGCGGCGGCGGCGGCGGCCGCUCCGCACCUCGCGCACACUGUGCGGGACGCCCUCACUAAGCAACUGGCUAGAUGUCUUGAUGAUGACUGCCGUGCAUUAGUAGCGCGUGCUCUCGGCAACCUGCAGCGCGCGGACACCGCGGACUUACUGCUGGAGUUGGCGGAGCGCGGGGGCGCGGCGCUGCACGCGCUGCAAGCGCUGCAAGCGCUCCCACAUACAGCGAUCACACCGGACAAGCAGCGCCGGCUUGCAGCGCUCGCGGCUAGCAUCAGACCGCUGGAAGUGCGUGCUGCAGCGCUGGAUUUGUUCCUGACGCGUACAGCGCCGCUGCCGCAUCCGUUAGUGCUGGCGCGGCUGUCGCGCGAGCUGCACGUGCACGCGCCCGCGGAGCUGCGCAGGUUGUUCUGGCAGCGAGCGACGCAGCUCGCGCAGGAACAUAAGCCGCUGGCGGAUGUGCUGGAAAUGCUGGAUCCGGAGCAACGAGGCUGGAAUGCUUUAGCUCUACCGGGUACGUCGUCGUCGCUGGUGCGCGAGGUGGGCGUGUUCGGAGUGGGCGGCGCGCGGCUGGAGUCGCUGCAGCUGGCGGCGCGCGGCGUGCUGCGGCGCGGCACCGUGCGUCUGCGCGUGCACGCCGCCCCCACACCCCUGCUCGCGAUUGAGUUAUGGACCCGUGGUCUUGAGUCUCUGGCGGGCGGGGCUGAGAGCGCGGAGGGCGGGGCUGAGGGCGCGGAGGGCGGGGCGGAGGAGGAGAUGGGCGGGGGGCUGGUGCUGACGGUGGGCGGGGCGAGGCUGCCAGGCGUUACACUCUUCGACGGACAGGCGCAGCUGCUGGGCCAGGUGUGGUCUGGCGCAGGCAGCUCGGCCACGCCUGCGCUGCGCGCGCUGCAGCCGCUGGGCGCGCGCCGCGUAGUACUGCCGCUGCUGGCCGCCGGCCUGCUGCAGCUGCGCGCUGACGCAGCUGUUGCACUCGCGUUAGACGCACAGGCGCAGGUGUCGCUGUGGUCGCGCACGGCGCUGGCGCAGGCGGCGGUGCGCGGCGGCGCGGCGGGCGAGGCGCGCGCGGCGCUGCGGCUGCGGGGCGGCGCGCUGCGGGCGGCGGCGCGCUUCGCCGCGGAGCCCCGCCUCAACGUCGCCGCGCACCUCGACUUCUACGACCGCACCACGCUCUGCGUCACAGUCUCCACUGAACAUCAUCUGCACAGUACCAACACGACGCUGUACUCCGAGCUGGGCAGCGCUCCACGCACCGUGCGUCGCCAGCGUCUGCUGACUGUACCGCAGCCCGGCCGCACGCUGGCGCUCGGCGCACUUAACGAUGCUGCGUGCAACACGCUGCUCACAUAACACGCGCAUCGCAGUGUCACGUCACGUAACUCACAGUGACACGUCAAGCACGUCACAAUGACGUCACAGUGUUGCGUCACGCAUUUCACAGUGUUACGUCACGCACUUCACAGUGAUAUGUCACGCACUUCACAGUGUUACCUUACGCAUAUCGCAGUGACCCGUCACACACUUCACAGUGUUACGUCACGCAUGUCGCAGUGACCCGUCACGCACUUCACAGUGUCACGUACAACACGUCACGGUACGUAAGCGUGUCCACAUCGUAGUGUCACGUGACGUGACGUGCUCGUCCAACGCCAAAGCGCUAUAUACCAAAUAUUGUGCAACUGUUCUCAAACUAACAUUCCUAUUGCAAAUAAUAAUAUAAUAUUUCUAAUCUAAGAUUUUUUUAAUUGAGUUUGUAAUAUUUUUGAAUCUCAUUAAUAGAUUAACGAUGUAAAAAUUAAAAUAAUUGACUUAACUUGCUUAGAGAUUUAAAACUACAUGAAAAUACUGCAGCGAUUGGUACAAUUUUUAUUUCCUUAAACUAAUUAACAUUGCAUUUCUAAAGCUAACUUACACUCAACUUAUUUAUAUUGUAAUUAUUUCGUACAACUUUUUAGAAUAUAGUAUAGUAAUUUUAAAAAUAACUACAAAUUUUACUUUAUUGUAUUUUUAUAAGAUUUAAUAAGUAAGAGAAGAGAUUAAAAAAAGUGUGUGCAAUGCAAUAUUCGCAAUAUCUGUACUUUUGUUUUGUUAACAAAAUUAUAUUAAGAUUGUUGUAACUGUCGCGAAUUAAAGCAGCUUUAAUAUUUGAAAGGUUUUUUAUAUUUAAUGUUUAUAACACUAUGUUAACUUAAAUGGAAUACGGAUUUAUCUUUUAUAUGAAUUUUGUGGCAUUUAUAAUUAAUUAUGUAAUAAAUGGUUAUUCCUA